AUGCCGAGCACGGGCCCCGAUGCACAGCUCCUCAAAGCAGCAGCCUCUGGCGACGUGGAUGGGAUCACACGGGCGCUGUCAGCAGGUGCAAACGUCGAGGCGCGCGACUCGUCCCAACGCACUCCCUUGCUCCUCGCGUCGCUGGGGGACCACGUCGACGCAGCCAAAGCACUUGUAGCCGCGGGCGCGGACCCGAACGCGCAGGACACCAUCCUCCAGUCCGCAUGGCUCGUGACGGGCGUCACGGGGUCCGUCCCCAUGCUCGAGGUGCUCCUCGGAGCGAACCCCAAGCCAGACUUAACCCUGCGUAACCGGUACGGAGGCGUGAGCGUCAUCCCCGCCUCGGAGCGAGGACACGUCGAUUAUGUCCGCCGCGUGGUGACUACCGGCAUUGAUGUCAACCAUAUCAACAACCUCGGCUGGACGGCACUCCUUGAGGCUGUCAUCCUCGGCGAUGGGAGCGACAAGUACGCCCAGAUUGUGCGAAUCUUGCUCGAGGCUGGCGCAAAGCCCUCAAUCGGCGACCAUGACGGCGUGACGGCGCUUCAGCAUGCCAGGCAGAAGGGGCAGAGUCGAAUCGUCGAGAUUCUCGAGCAGGCCUAG